AUGGUCCGGCCACCGGUGGCCACCGAGAUGCUCCUGACCCUGUACACGUUCUCCUGCGCGUGCACCAUCGCGCUGGACGCGCUGUCCAAUGGCGUUAAGAUAACGGAUCAAAGGGUGCCGGGUGCGGUGCUCAACGGUACCGAGUACGUGGUACUGGAUUGCGUGUACAAAGUAAAGCCGGACGAGACGGAAGGGCUGGUGGUCACUUGGUACUUCAACAACAGUCCCAGCCCCACUUACCAGUGGAUACCAGGUCAGCCGCCCCGGACUAUCGGGCCCUUGAGAAGCCGGAUCAACCUGGGCUAUGCGGCUCCCACGGACGACGCGUUGGCCAAGUACCGCGCUCUGUACAUCAUCCGGCCGACCAUCGAGCUAAGCGGCGACUACAAGUGCGUGGUGUCUACGUACACCGACGAGGAUUUCAUGAUCAAGAAGAUGACGGUUUAUGCACCAGGCCAACACAUGCACAUGAAACGCACGAAGACUGAAAACCAGGAAAUGGUCAACAUAUCUUGCACUGUUUCCAGAGUGUUUCCCAUGCCCAAUAUGCAACUAUACAAGCUCAACACAAACGGAACGGAAAACAGGAAUUCUACUUUGCCUAUCGACAUAUUGGAUUAUCAAAACGAUGGUGCAUACGAUGUCACGGUGUCGUCAUUGUUCUCCGAAUCGGAGUUGCCAUCUCGAACAAUAUUUUUUUGCAAACUCAUCAUACCGAACACACCGUACAGCAUCACAAAACGAUUCGUUUACAAUCCCGGUAACACUGAAAGCCUUUCUGCAGAAAACUUUGCAUGGUCAAGCAAACUGUCUCAAGUUUUGCAGUGGAUUAUUGUUGCAUGGUUAUUGGUUGCCAUUCCAAACUGAAGAAGUUCAUAAUCAAGUUUUUAAUAUUUAGUACUCAGCAGACUCUCAAUGAUUCACUACAGUUAUAUUUAAAUAAUUAUUACCCUAAAGCCAUUAAUUUAAGUAAAUUACUUAAAUGAAUCCGAAGAAAAUUAAACACGUCGUUAUUAAAUUACGAGUAUACCAGUAUAAUAUGACAAAAUGCCUUUGAAUGUUUAUGUGCUGCAUAAAAUAUUAAUUCUUAAUUUGACUACACUGUUAACAAGGAAUUAUGAAUUUAACAUAAUUCAGCAACAAUUAUUUUAAGUUAAAAUGAACGUUCUCACACUUUCUAAUAAACAUUAUAUUAUAAAUGGAACUUGAUUAAUACUAUUUUAAUUCCAAUGAAACAAGGACGAUAAUAACUUAUUGACUUUUAACAAUGCGAUGGCAUCUGAAAUUAAAACCUAUAUUUUAUACUUCGCUCUUCAGAAAUUUGAAAAAAAUAGUGCUUUAAUU